GCAAAGCGAAAGAAGAGAAAGCAAGGCGUAGAAAAACGACGAAGAGACAAGAUCAAGAAAAGUUUGGGUGAACUAUCCCUUCUUGUUCCGGAAGCUAGAAAACAGGUUACAGAUCUCUCUCUUUUUCCGUACAAAAUAAUGAAAACUUGCAUGAAUUAAUAUAAUCAUUUGAAUUUUCCCUUCAGAAAGAAUGGUUAAUUAUACUCAAAGAGAAGAGCUUUAGCUAGCUUUAAACUAUUUUCUUUUCUUUUGCUUCGCCUUACACAGAUCAGAUACCGUUUCUUCCAAAAAGCAGCAGGCAACUCGAUCGUAACUGUAACUUUAUAUUAGUUUUUGAAUAAGUGAAAGUAACAACCUCAACUUAGCUUUUCCGAAUUCCUCUUGUUAAACCACGUACAGUGAAGGUAGAUCCAGGAUAUGGGAAAACAAGAAGAUCAUGGAAAACAGAUAGCCUACUACAUAGUAGCCUGCGUGGCAGGCGUUUGAAAGGGAAGGGAAAGGGAGUUUCAUGUGCGAGAGAAACGCGAGGGGCACGCCCCUCGCGUUUCCCUCGCGCCUAAAACCCCCUUUCCCUUCCCUUUCAAACGCCUGCCACGCAGGCUAACUACAUAGUCGAUCCAUUCUUUGUGUCGUCGUCCGUUAAGACACAAGCAAAGACUCUGUUUAUCUCGUACCCAGAUCUUACUCUCUCUUACGCUGAAAAGUGUCUCCCUUGGCCGCGGGAGAUCUGGGUACCAGAUUAGAAACUAGGCUCGAUUUCCGGCACCUUCUCGGUCUUCCCCGAGAAGCAUGACAAGAAGAGACUGUUCGGGUGAGAAGCGCGGGCACAUUUCCCGAACAGCGGCUGGUAAUCGAGUCUAGUAUGAAACUUAACUCUGACUUUUCGUUACACUCUUUCAUCUUCCGUACCGAUCCGAGUUUCUUAUAAGGUCAUUUCGCAUUUAAAUAAGAGUGAGGGGAUUAUAUUAGUGGGAAAGAGGAGGUAGGAGAGGGAACAAGGGAACAAACAGGGGGAGGGGGGGGGGGCAAGUUAAAAGUAGAGGAAGUGAGAAAAUGUUCUUUUACGAAAUAAGGGGGGGGGGGGGGUUGACGAGACUCAGACUUUCCUACUUGUUAGAUUAUGCCUCGUAAAUUACGCAGGGUUUAAUUGGCAGGUGCAGGUGGAACUGAAAGUUUUAGGAUUCAGUAAGGAUCGGAUCGAGUAACGGGACCUUUAGUCACAACCACAAAAUUUUUUUUUUAAUUAACGCUCCGGUAAUGUGUAUAGAAAAGUACGUAUUGUCAUUGAUCUUAAAUUUGGUGUUUGCGGCUGCGGGAACUAUGUUUUAACAUAGCCUCGGCCUUUCCUAUCAGGAAUAUAAUAACCUUUGUCCUUCUUUACCGCAGGGUUUAACUUGCAGUUGCAGGAUUCGGGUACAACUGAAGGUUAAUUUUAGAAUUCAGUAGGGGUAGGGCUUUUAGACACGCCUGGUAGUAAAAGAACCUAUUGUCAUUGACCUGAACAUUUACGUCAUCAGUUAUCGGAAGGUCAGCGGUUGAGACAGGCAAAGAUUCUACAGCUUACUGUGGAUUACAUUCGCUCGAGUAAUUUCCAUGGAAACCGGGAG